UAAGCUAAUUGUCAAGCAAUAGCAUCUCCAAACUUUGUGGCGGCACCUGUAGUGUGAGCACAGGAAAAUCACAUUGAUCGCUGAAUCUACUGACACAACAAAAGGAACAGAUCAGAAACAAUGAAAGUUUGUCUGUGCAUCCUGCUAUUUAGCCACCUGUUCCUUUAUACUAUAGCUUAUAAUUGUGAAGUGAUACCUGGUACCCUGAAGCAGAUUGAUGCUGGGCUAGGGGUAGUAGGUGGGGUGAAUGAUGACAAUGAGGUCUUCCUGUUCCUGGGGACCAGAUUUGAAAGGAUAGGAUCCUCCCUAAAGCACUUUACUGUCGGACCUGCUGGAGAACUAGGGGCAAAUUCAACAAACAAUGUCUUCAAGUUUACGGAUGGAAGCUUCAAGCAGAUUCCAGGCAUUCAACUCAAACAAGUGGAUGCUGGGGGUGACCAGAUUAUUGUAGGUGUUUCACCGGUAGACGAUGUCUUCUGCUUAAAUAAGGAUGCUAACAAUGUCAUGCCAUCCGGUGACGCUCCUUGGGUUCAACUUACAGGAAAGCUGAAGUACUACAGCUGUGGUCCGAACAGCUGUUGGGGAGUGAACGCUGCUGGAAAUAUCGUCAUCAGAAGGUCUGUAACUGGUGCUAACUGUGGAGGGUCAGGUGCUUUUGAGGCUGUUGCUGGAGCUCUGUCCAUGGUUGAAGUAGCAAGUGAUGGCAAUGUCUUUGGUGUUGACCUUCAGGGGAAUUUACUGCAAAGAGCUGGUAUCACUAUAUCGAAUCCCCCUGGAUCUAGUUGGGGACUUAUUUCAAUCUGUCCCAAUGGCCACAAGCACGUGACUUCUGAUCUGGGAAGGCUGUACGUUAUCUGUAGUGAUGGAUCCAUCAGGAGAUGCAUUUAAAUGGCCAACAGAGGAGCUCAACUAUAUAAUUAUAAAGGAAAUAAAUAAAUAAAAUUCUGUCUCUUUAAUUUCUUUGCUGUUGAACAAAUACAAUUUUAUGAUCUGAGAUUUUACAUAAUAUGUAAAGUGUCAGUAAAAGGUAAAUAAAGUGCUUUACCGUUUUCAAUUAUUACUUUUAUUAUUGUUAUUUUACCCUUGUGCUGCGUUGAAAAUCCUUUACUUUAUUAAGUGUUCUGGUCAAAAAUCACUAGCCUUCUCUCUUUAAACCAUGAAAAAAGGAAAAUGUAUUGAUUUAUUUUGUUGUUUGGCAUGAUAACGAUUAGAAAGCAUAUGUGACUGGGCAUAAAAUCAAGUUUGACCUUUUUCACAAUCAUGACAAAUGCAUCUAAGCAUGUUUGAAAUGUGCUUUCAAGUCCAAUCCAAAAAGACCAAUAACAAUGAAUAUUCUAAUAAAAAAAAUAAUAAAAAAAAGAAUGAUACAUUUUUAUCUCA